UAUAUAAUUUGUUGAUAAGGUCCAGAAAACAACAUGCGCAUAGUUUUUGUGAGUUAAGACGAAAUGUCAACUGAAGGGUAAGUCCUAAAUAUUUGUUGUUCUUCCUUCAGUUAAUUUUUUUCAAGGAAUAACCUUUUUUUAAUAGCUAUUGUAUGUUGUAUCUAGUGCUUCAUGCUCAAGUGAAAUUUCAGUGAACGUAAGCGACGCGUUCCAACGUAUUAUGCUGAAUAAGAUAUUCGGAAGCUGGAUUGAAUUAGAUAAUGCGCUAAAGGAUUUCCAUAAAGUAUGAUGGGAUAAAUCUAUGUUAUCUCAGAUGACCCAUACACACUAUGUUCACGCAGAAAGUAGAUUGUUGAAGGAUGUGAGAUAUAAAUACUUGUUCGUAGUGUUUCGUUGCACGUUUGGUCGUAAACGUAAAUCAGAAGGUCUGAAUGUGAUUAAAAAACCGUCUAAAUUUUUAAAUUGCCAAUCGAUGUUUCGCGUAAGAUUGGAGGGUCAACAAUACGUUAUAAAAUCUUACAACAUGACUCACAACCAUCCGUGUACUAGUUCGUGGAUGGUUUGUGAUCCGUUGAGUAGACGAUUGUCAUCAGAAGAAAAAGAAAACUUGAAACCAGUUAUAUUGCACUGUCAGUCGACGGACGAAGUUAUCGAAAGUAUUAAGGGAAGAACAGGUAAGCAGGUGACCGCUGCUGAUGUCAAAAAUAUGAAAGCUGAACUCUCCACUGGUUGGACUCGGAAGCAGGUAUUGCAGAUGAUGCGACAAAACGGUCAAGUUAGAGAGCAUGCAGAAAAUGGAUCUAUUACGGCGGUAUGCUUCAGCAGUUAUGAUCAGAUACGGCUGUACAAUCAAUAUCCCGAAGUCGUGUGUAUUGAUUCUACUUAUAAAACUAAUAAUAAAAAGUGAAUAUGAUUUUCGUUUUGUUCUACUAUGUAGGUAUUCAUUAUUCCAGUUAGUGGUAACAGACAAUUGGGGUCGAGGUCGAACUGUUAUGUUUGCAUGGACAAAAAAAGAAAAGCGUGCUGAUGUUACGUGUCACGUAAAACAAUGUGGGCGCGUGCCUUUUACGGCAGUGUAUUAACUUUGGGUAACAACACGAAUAAUCGUGUUGAGUCAUUAAAUAGGCAGAUUAAAAGAUAUGUACGCAAAAGCGA